CUCUUCUCAAGCAAAUGAAAUUAAUUUCCAUCACUUUUCCCGCUCAACCUUUUCACAAUAAUGGCCAUAACUACUAACUCAAAUCCCUUUAUCUUCUUGAUCUUCUUCUCCUUCCUUCUCUUAUUUCAGAGCUCAUCUGCUUUAGACAUCAAUGUGGAGAGUUUCGGGGCUGAACCGAAUGGCAUGGCGGACUCUACAACGCCGUUUCUGAAGGCAUGGUCACGGGCAUGUGAAUCAGAAGAGGAAACAACAAUUUAUGUGCCGCAAGGGAGCUUUUUGGUGAAACAAGUGACGUUCCAUGGUCCAUGCAAGAAGAAGGUGAAGUUCAGAAUUGAUGGCACUAUUGUUGCUCCUGGAGAUUCCUGGUCAUUGGGAAAUUCUGGGUAUUGGAUAUUGUUCAGAAAGCUUGAUGGUCUUUCUAUCUAUGGAGUAGGCACUAUUGAUGCAAGAGGCUCUUCUUACUGGGCUUGCAGAAAAGCUCGCAACAACUGUCCUCCAGGAGCGAGGUCAAUAUCGUUUAGUUGGUCAAGCAAUGUGGUGGUGAGUGGAAUAAAGUCAGUGAAUAGCCAAACAAUGCACAUGGCCAUUGAUCACUGCAAGAAUGUAAUAAUAGAGAAGGUGAAGAUAAGAGCACCAAGCAGGAGCCCCAACACCGACGGAAUCAACGUUCAGUUUUCGACUGGAGUCACCAUCAGCAACGCCAUCAUCGCCACCGGAGAUGACUGUAUUUCCAUCAGCCAAGGCUCCGCCCAUCUCUGGAUAGACCACAUCACUUGUGGCCCUGGUCAUGGCAUUAGCAUAGGGAGUCUGGGGAACUAUGAGAAGGAGGAAGGGGUAGAGAACGUGACAGUGACGGGUUCGACAUUCACAAAAACAGAUAAUGGGGUGAGAAUAAAGUCAAAAGCGCAACCAAGCAAUGGAUUCACCAGAGAUAUGGUUUUCAGAAACCUGAUCAUGCACAGUGUCUUCAAUCCCAUAAUUAUUGAUCAGAGGUACUGCCCUGGAGCCCCUUGCCAUCAUCAUCAGAACUCAGGAGUGAAGAUAAGCAGAGUAAGGUACGAAGAGAUAAGGGGGACAUCGAGGAGUGAAGUGGCAAUCAACUUGGAUUGCAGCGCAAGUAAUCCAUGCGAAGAAAUCACACUGCGCGACAUAAAGCUGACUUAUGCUCAUGGAACAGCGACCUCGUCUUGUAGAAAUGCUGCUGGAACUUCCCGCGGUUAUGUCAUCCCAAAGAGCUGUCUUUGA